AAACAGACAGACAUACAGACAGAGAUCAGAUAGCUCCUGGUCGCUUAUCUACAACAUGGCCCCAGCUCACUCCCUCAUCCAUCCUUCAGUACUGUGUACUGAUUGUACAUCACUUUUGUCUUUGAUGAUUCUUUUUGGCCCAUAGAUUUUAGAGAAACCAACGUUAUAACAACAUAUUAACCUCGAAAACUUCUCUCCAAUUUUUUUCGCUCACAAAUCCCAGAAAUGGGAGAUGCUCCAAGCCCUUUCCCACAGCCACAUCCUCUUCCUCCACCAAAAUCAAACUUACCCACUUUGUAUUACGGCCUGGUGGUGAUUGGAACCGCGGCUCUGCUGCUAGCCAUAUACAACAUCCUCAUCAUCAGAUGGUGCACGCACAGCCGCAGCCAGAGACGGCUGCCAAGACAGGGCCAGCUGGCGGAGAUCUCUACAACUGAGAUCCGAGAAAACCCGAGCAGGUACUUGCUGUGCAGCUUCAAGUACAAGAAAGGAGGAGGAGGAGUGGAACAGCAACAGGAACAGGAACAGGAACAUGAAGAUGGUGAAGAUUUGAAUGACUGUGAAUGUGCGGUAUGUUUGUCCGGUUUUGAGGAAGGAGAAGAGUUGCGGAAGCUGCUGCGGUGCAAGCACUCCUUUCAUGCUCCAUGCAUAGAUAUGUGGCUCCACUCUCACUCUGAUUGUCCGCUCUGUAGAGCGCCAGUGGGCUGGCAGUGUCAGCGACAUGUCGUGUAUACGCAGCAGGUGAAUUCUCAAGGGGAAUUUUAUUUUGAUAACCUUGCGUGUCAUGUGGUGGGCAAAGAAAGAACAAACGACAGGAGGCAAAGCAAGUUUGUGUUUGUGUUUGUGUUAAGUCGAGCCAACCACGGAGGUCCCCACGAAUGUUUGUAACAGCGAUAUAUAGUUUUUGGGUUUGAAAUUUUGGCCAAUUUUUAGCUUGAA